AGGGUAUAUUCUCAGUUUCAGUAACAGAAAUCAAGCAUAUUAACUUCUCAACUUCACGCUCAAAUAAAGAGAGAACAUACUUUAAUUCUCAACAAAGGCUAUGCGUUAUGUGUAUGGUUGCUGUUUAUUAUAGCAGAUUUCUUUGUGGCCCAUGAACCGUGCUGGGAUUUGUCAAUGGCUGCUGCAACUUGUUUGUGUACACGAUAAAUAUGGUGGUGGUGAUGAUGAUGAUAGAAUAGCAGAGGUUCAGUUCUACUUGUUAAUGGAUCUCUCUUGUUGAAAUUUUGAUUACUAUAUAAUAUUAGCAUGGAUUAGAGAGAAUCAACUGAUAGACUCAAGGGCCAGAGUUUAUUAUUAGGUGUUCAAAAGUAGUCUAGUGGAGUGAAAUAGUUUUAGAGAACCUGGCUCUUGACAUUAUGAGGUAGUAGAUUUGAGGAAUAUAACUGCUAAGCCAUUGAGUGGGGUGACCUUUGAGAUCUAAGAUAAAAUAUCGUGAAAGAUAACAUUCUAUAAUUAUGGAAUUAGCUGUUUUUCCGCAAGUACAAAAGCAGAAUUUGCAGACACCGGGUCACAAAAUUUUAUCGGCUUGGUCCCAGAAAGAUCUGUGGCUUGUUGUACGGGAAGGAUCUCUAACUGAUGUAGAGUUGGUCUUGGCACUAUUGAAGAAGAGUGGGGGAAAUAUCAAUUCAAGGAACGCCUUUGGGCUGACCCCGCUUCAUAUAGCAACUUGGAGAAAUCACAUUCCCAUUGUGAGGAGGCUUCUCGCAGCUGGUGCAGAUCCUAAUGCCCGAGAUGGAGAAUCAGGAUGGAGUAGCCUUCACAGGGCUCUGCAUUUUGGUCAUCUUGCUGUGGCGAGCGUCCUUCUUCAGCAUGCUGCCUCUACUACACUGGAGGACUCUAAAUAUAGAAUACCUGUAGAUCUCCUAUCUGGCCCUGUAUUUCAAGUUUUUGAAAAUAAACACCAUUCAGUGGUCACCGAGGUCUUUAGCUGGGGAAGUGGAACAAAUUAUCAGCUUGGAACCGGAAAUGCACAUAUUCAAAAGUUACCAUGUAAAGUUGAUUCGCUUCAUGGUUUGGUGAUAAAACUGAUUUCUGCUGCAAAGUUCCAUAGUGUGGCAGUUACUGCUCGUGGGGAAGUUUAUACUUGGGGAUUUGGAAGGGGGGGCCGUUUAGGGCACCCUGAUUUUGACAUACAUAGUGGUCAAGCUGCGGUCAUCACUCCUCGCCAGGUGACUGGUUUGGGUUCCCGUAGAGUGAAGGCAAUUGCUGCAGCUAAGCACCAUACAGUUAUUGCUACUGAAGGUGGUGAAGUAUUCACCUGGGGAUCCAAUAGGGAGGGACAACUUGGGUACACUUCUGUAGAUACACAACCCACACCUCGUCGAGUGACCUCUUUAAGGGCAAAAGUCAUUGCUGUUGCUGCAGCAAACAAGCACACAGUUGCAGUUUCUGAUUUGGGUGAAGUUUUUACUUGGGGUUGCAAUAGAGAGGGUCAGCUUGGUUAUGGCACCUCAAACUCGGCUUCAAAUUACACCCCACGUGUAGUUGAAUCCUUGAAGGGAAAGAAAUUAACCAGAGUUUCUACUGCAAAAUAUCAUACAGUUGUAUUAGGAUCUGAUGGAGAGGUAUACACUUGGGGUCAUCGACUUGUUACUCCAACACGUGUGGUUAUUACUAGGAACUUGAAGAAAAGUGGAAGCACUUCUGUAAAGUUUCAUUGCAUGGAACGACUUCAUGUUGUUUCUAUAGCUGCAGGAAUGGUUCACAGCAUGGCUCUUACGGAUGAUGGUGCAUUAUUUUAUUGGGUCUCCUCGGAUCCUGAUCUUAGAUGCCAACAGUUAUAUGCAAUGUGUGGAAGAAAUAUGGUGAGCAUAUCUACUGGAAAGUACUGGACUGCAGCAGCUACAACUACAGGUGAUGUUUAUGUGUGGGAUGGAAAAAGUAAGGAUAAGCCACCAGUUGCAACUCGGUUGCAUGGUGUAAAGAGGGCUUCUUCAGUUUCUGUUGGUGAAACACAUCUACUGAUUGUGGCUUCCCUCUAUCAUCCUGUCUAUCCUCUCAACUUGAUUGAAAAUUCUCAGAAUCAUAAGUUGAAUAACAGGGAUGAUGUGGAAGAGUUAAAUGAAGAUAUUUUGUUUGAGGAUAUGGGAUCCAAUAAUAUUAUAUCUGGUCCACAAAAUGAUGCUUUUGGUCGGAGAUCCAUUCCCAGCUUAAAAAGUCUUUGUGAAAAGGUAGCAGCAGAGUGUCUAGUAGAGCCAAGAAAUGCCAUACAAUUGCUUGAGAUUGCUGAUUCUCUUGGAGCAGAUGAAUUGAAGAAGUAUUGUGAGGAGAUUGUUUUGCGUAACCUUGAUUAUAUAUUUACCAUUUCAUCGCAUGCUGUGUCUAGUGCUUCACCAGAUGUUCUGGCUAAUCUUGAGAGGUCAUUAGACCAGAGAUCAUCUGAAUCAUGGAGUUACCGUCGGCUCCCAACUCCAACUGCUACUUUCCCUGUCAUCAUUAAUAGUGAAGAGGAUAAUAGCGAUAUGGAGUUUCAAAGGAAUUGUGACAAACCCAUGUCUGCAUUGAAGUUGGAGAAAGGUCAAAGAAUAGAUUCUUUUCUGCAGCCCAAGGAUGAUCCCGAUCAAGGAGUCUCUAAAUUAGUUCGAGCUUUAAGGAAGAAAUUGCAGCAGAUUGAGAUGCUUGAAGCUAAGCAGUCUAAUGGAUAUAUUCUCGAUGACCAGCAGAUUGCAAAGCUUCAAUCUAAAUCAGCACUUGAGAGCUCACUUUCAGAACUAGGUGUUCCUAUUGAGACUUUGCAGAAUAAAGAAUUGUCUUCUGUACUGCCAGAAAGGAAAAGUAGUAAAAAGGAUAAACUACUAAGAAAACAGAGGAGAAAGAGUGGCAAACCAAGUGUAGAGCAGACAGAACUCGAAGCUGUUUAUAAUAACAGUGAAAUAAUUCCGGAACUUGCAAAGGACUUGUUGGACAUUGGUGACUUGCAGAUUCUUAACAAGGUGGAAGAUGAUGCCAUGUUUGAACAAACCGAAGCUGAUCAAGGUGCAGAAGAUUCAGCUUUUCUGGUGCAGAAGAAAGAUUCUUUAGAGAUACUAAAAAAUAACGGUCAAUCACCGAAAGUUUCUAAGAAGAAGAGCAAGAAGGGUGGGCUUUCCAUGUUUUUGAGUGGCGCUCUUGAUGAUGUCCCGAAAGAGGUGGUUCUUCCUCCACCAACACCAAAAAAUGAGAGUCCUGCAUGGGGUGGAGCCAAGUUUUUUAAGAGUUCUACUUCUAUUCGUGAAAUCCAGGAUGAACAAAGCAAAAUCAAGCCAAACCAGAGCAAAGAACCUGUAGAAGAUCUUCCAGGUUCUGGCAGUGUGGGAAAAAUAAAGUUGAGUUCAUUUCUUCCUUCCAGCCCAAUUCCAGUUUCCUCAACUUGCACUUCCCAGGCAUCUGAUGGAGAAAGAAGUACCCCUCCAUGGGCUGCUUCGGGAACCCCUCCCAAUCUCUCUAAGCCAUCUUUUAGGGACAUCCAAAUGCAACAGGGAAAGAAACAACAGAGUUUUUCCCAUAGUCCAAAGACUAGAACAGCUGGAUUUACUAUUGCUUCUGGUCAAGGCUCACCAUCUGAAGCCACCGGUUCAAACCGCUGGUUCAAGCCAGAAGUGGAGACACCCUCCUCAAUUCGUUCUAUUCAAAUUGAGGAAAAGGCUAUGAAGGAUCUUAAGCGCUUCUACAGCAGCGUUAAGGUUGUCAGAAAGCAAUCUUAAGGUCAUAUAGUGUAUUUGUUAGGGUAGCAUGACAGGCUCUUACCCUACUCAUGUGCUUUUAUUUUUUUUCUUACUGUUUUUCUGACUUCCAGUUUUAGUUCAUUGACUGUAAAUUAGUCUGUACAUAUAGUUGUACUGUACAUUCAUUUCUCUUUUCAGAUCAAAAGUGUUGAAUGUAAUUUCUAGUUGACUAGGUGUUUUUCAUGUUGGAAA